UUAAAAACAAUGCGUGUUCCUCCUGUGACGUUGAAAGCACGGAAUUUGUAAUUCAAAUUAGUAGACAAAAAAAUUCGUUAAAUAUAUUCGGAAAUUAUUUACAUAAAAACUAUGAUAACAAGACUUUACAACACGGAAGAAGACCCCGCUUUGUGUUCAAUAAUUUGGGGUGCUAAUUUAACGGCAACGUCUGGCGGUCGUAACGGUAAUGCGGAUGGAAUAAGCGCAACACCAACUUUGGAUGGAAAUUUUGGGAACAGCGGUGAUAAUUUACGUGAUGACUUUUUCAUCGCAAAUGAGAGUGUGGAGGACCCACGUACAGAAGCGUUACGUGAAUACUCAUAUGGCAUUAUUUUGCCUAUUAUCUGCGCGCUCGGCAUCAUUGGCAAUGUGCUAAAUCUGAUUGUACUUACACGCAGGAAUAUGCGGGGCACGGCCUACAUUUACAUGAGAGCAUAUUCUACAGCAGCGUUACUUGCAAUAGUUUUUGCUAUUCCUUUUGGUAUACGAAUGCUUGUGCACAAGGACAGAGGACAAUGGGAAGAGUUUGGUCCAGCUUUCUACACAGCACACUUAGAAUUAUUUUUAGGCAAUGGCUGUUUAGGUGUUGGUGUUAUGAUGCUUUUGGUGCUUACAAUUGAGCGUUAUGUGUCCGUGUGUCAUCCAAGUUUUACACGUCCUGUGAUGGGACCACCAGGUCUGAUUGUAUUUUUAACAACGCUGGUCACCUUUAUCAUUUAUAUGCCAAGCGUGUUUCGCGGUGAACUCAUCAAAUGUGAGCUGCAGGCAGAUGGCAAUUUAGUAUAUUUUCGUCGGGAUAAUAAUGCAUUCCUUCGAACUAUUUUCUAUUCAGUUUACAAAGUUAUGCUGGAGGUGAUAUUUAAAUUGAUUCCCACCGUUCUGAUUGCGGGCCUCAAUUUGCGUAUUAUGAUGGUGUAUCGUCAAACUUGCGAAAAGCGACGUAAAAUGAUACUAACGCGUUCCACCUACAUUAAGGAUGAUGAUCCACGUAAAUUCGCAGAAGAACGAAGACUAUUUUUACUUUUAGGAAGUACAUCUAUUUUAUUUCUGUUAUGUGUUUCGCCAAUGGCCAUUUUGCACAUGACAAUUGCAUCUGAAGUUUUACCAAGUUUUUCAUUUCAGGUGUUUCGGGCACUAGCCAAUCUCAUGGAACUAACAAACUACUCUAUCACCUUCUACAUAUAUUGCCUAUUCAGUGAGGACUUUCGCAAUACCCUAAUGCGUACAAUUAAAUGGCCUUGGAUUAAAACAAAAUUAUGUCACCAAGUGGAUGAGGUUUCCACAAAAGCGACGCCACUAAUGAAUUUUGAUAAAAUUGCGUUGCGUAAUCAUCAUAUAACGACCACAUCUGGUGUGUGCACCGGAAUGGGCCGCUCGAGCAGCAUAUGAUGCAUUGAUAAUUAUUUGACUGCGUGUUAAACUCCUAUUAUGACACUAUAUAUAUACACACACAUCUAUA